GGGGCUCGGCGCAGGCAGCAGCGCAGGUUGAACGGAGUCCCGGCGCAGGGCUGGGAUGAGCCUCAAAGUUCGGGGCGCCCGUCGCGGGGGAUGUAGCGCUCCCGUCGCCGCCGCCGCUGCCGCGCCCGGCCCGCCCCGGCCCCCGCCCGCCCGCGACUCUGCCCGCCCCGCCCGCCCCCGGCGCCACCCCCGGCCCGCCCGGCCCGGCCCGGCUCAGCUCGGCUCGGCUCAGCUCAGCUCAGCCCGGCUCAGCUCAGCUCAGCCCAGCGGCCCCCCCCCCCCCACCACCAGUUUUUAAACUCCGCUCUGCCUCCUUGCGCGCUCCCCCCCGCCCCAAAUGCCAGCCAUGAUCGAGAAGGGCCCGGAGGUCUCGGGGAAGCGCAGGGGCAGGAACAACAAUACGGCCGCCGGCGCCAGUAAUAACGGGAAUAAUAAAAGUUUGGCCGCGGCCCCCAACGGGAACAGCAGCAGCAACUCCUGGGAGGAGGGCAGCUCGGGCUCCUCCAGCGACGAGGAGCAUGCAGGCGGCGGCAUGAGGGUCGGGCCCCAGUACCAAGCCGUCGUGCCCGAUUUCGACCCCGCCAAACUUGCGAGGCGAAGUCAGGAGAGAGAGAAUCUCGGCAUGCUGGUCUGGUCACCUAACCAGAAUCUCUCUGAAGCAAAAUUGGACGAAUACAUUGCCAUUGCUAAAGAGAAGCAUGGAUACAAUAUGGAGCAGGCCCUUGGGAUGCUGUUCUGGCACAAGCACAACAUCGAAAAAUCUUUGGCAGAUCUGCCAAACUUUACUCCGUUCCCAGAUGAGUGGACAGUGGAAGACAAGGUCUUGUUUGAACAGGCCUUCAGCUUCCAUGGGAAAACCUUUCACAGGAUCCAGCAGAUGCUUCCUGACAAAUCAAUAGCCAGCCUGGUGAAAUUUUACUACUCCUGGAAGAAGACAAGGACUAAAACUAGCGUGAUGGACCGUCAUGCUCGUAAACAAAAAAGGGAACGUGAGGAAAGUGAGGAUGAAAUGGAAGAAACGAAUGGAAAUAACCCUAUUGAUAUUGAAGUUGAACAAAACAAGGAGAGCAAAAAGGAGGUGCCGCCCGCCGAAACCCUUCCUCAGGUGAAGAAAGAAAAGCACAGUACACAGGCCAAGAACAGAGCGAAGAGGAAACCUCCCAAAGGAAUGUUCCUUUCCCAAGAAGAUGUAGAGGCCGUUUCUGCCAAUGCAACAGCUGCUACGACUGUACUCAGACAACUGGACAUGGAGUUAGUCUCAAUCAAACGACAGAUUCAGAAUAUCAAACAGACAAACAGCGCUCUCAAAGAAAAACUUGAAGGUGGGAUAGAACAAUACAGGCUUCCAGAGGUCGUUCAAAAAUUUAAUGCACGUUGGACCACGGACGAGCAGCUUCUUGCUGUGCAAGCAAUCAGGAAAUAUGGCCGAGACUUUCAGGCAAUCUCUGAUGUGAUUGGAAACAAAUCUGUGGUGCAAGUCAAAAACUUUUUUGUAAAUUACCGACGUCGCUUCAACAUAGAUGAAGUUCUACAGGAGUGGGAGGCAGAGCACGGCAAAGAGGAGACAAAUGGAACCAAUAGCCAGAAGCCUGUAAAAUCUCCUGAUAAUUCCACUAAAAUGUCAGAAGAAGAAGAUGAGGCUACUUCUGUUCUUGAUGUCAGAUAUGCAUCUGCUUCGUGAGAAGGUGCUGUAGCCUAGAACAAUUUGUGUUGACUACUGUGUUAUCCAGGAUAUCAGGUAUUAGCAAACCUCAGACAGCCAUCUGCAUCAUAUCUGUGGACAAGCAGCUAUUACCAAAAAAGGCAAACGCUUCCAGUCCUGUGCUACAUCUGCCUUAAUCUCCCCUCAUUCCUCCAUACUGCCUCCACUUUCUUUCAAAAGCUCCCAGGUAGCUCAGCUCUCCAUUUCAUCAACGUCCUGCUUAAGCAUGGGGAUUUCUAGAACCAGUAACACCUGUCUGUAAAUUUUGACCAACCUGCAAAACCAGGAGCUUCUUAGCAGCCCCACAGUAACUCUACACAUUAGGAGUUCUUAUAAUACUUGGUCCGUAGGGUAUAAGUAUGUAUUGCUGCAUGGCCUUGUGGUCUCCGCUUCCUGUGUAUUCUUACGAUGACACUAUUAUUAGCGAGCUUUCUAUAAAGGAGAGGCCUGUGCACAUGCCAGUGGUGUCAGGUUUGUUCUGAAAUGACAGGGCCUGUUAACAAGCAAUCGUGAAUAAUGCAAAGUGAUAGGAAAUGUUAUUUCUGAGGUUGGGUCAGUCCAAGGUUGUAAAUGUAACUCAUUACACUUCUGGUUUGUGCAAUUCUUUCCACUGUAUUUGUGUGUUCUUGCUUCAUAGAAAGCUCCCUAACUGAGCAUUUUAUUCCUGUAUAUUUUAAUGGCUUUUAUUUAGUGCAAAAGGGAAUACGUAACCUGAAACUGUUUGAUACGCUAUUUAACCCCUGGCAUUCAGCAUUUGCAUUGUAACUUGUUAAAUGAGUGCUACACAACUUUCUUUUUCCUGAUCCUCUGUGGGAUUAAGUCAAAACAAACUUUCUCUGGUGCCUCUCCUUUUGGAAUAUGUGCCUUUUUACAUUUGGCUACCAUAGGUCACUCUCUGUCCCAGUGUCUCAUUCCUCUUCAGAGCGCUGUUUGCCAAAGACAUCAAACUACUUCUCCCACUGGAAGCCUGUACAAGGGUUGGAACACAAAAUUCAGCCUCCAAAAAGUAGUUUUUGGUCUCUUGGAACUUUAAAUAGAGGAGAACCGGGUUAAUUUCAUUGGCCAUUUUAACCCUUCUGAAGCACACAUCGCUUUCAUGUUCUGAACCAAAAUAUGCAAUUUAUAAUCUAAGAGGUGCUUUUCCAAAUACUUGGUGCGUGCAGCUUUCAAAUCCCCCGCCCUCUGCUCAGAGGACCUGUGCUGUGGCCUACCUGGCUGGUUUGAACUGGAGCUGUUCUUCAAAGUCCUGUAUUCAGGCUUUGCACCUUGACUGAGAUGUUUGCUACUGACUGCCAAGCAGACAGUAUUUAGAGAAGCUCGAAGCAGCAGUAUUACUUUUUGGCCAGUGGAAAGCUGCAAAAUAACACUAGUCAUUUAAAAAUGGUUAACUUAAUGAUGUUGGAAGAAACCAAAAGAUGUCUUUCGGGUGCAGAAAAGGACCUUCUUUGCCCCUCUUUCUCUAGAGGGUUUGAGCCAGGAUGGCACACAGCAGUGUGUGGCACCAGCCUUUCUUAACUCAACCUGAGAUGAGCUAGGCCACGUCCUAUGGCUGAGGUGCUCCAACUCGGAGUCUAGCCCCACACUUGGUGCUGAAGUUUGAGCAGCUGGGCCAUGCUGUGCUCUGUGCUGUGACUGCUCCUUUCCCUGUACCUGGGCAAGCUAGCUUAGAGCCGGCCUGCUAACACAUACAGAGCUGCGAUCACACCUUCAGUGUAGGCAUAACCCCAGGGAAGGCAGGGGAAGUGGCCUCGUUUAGCACUGUGGUUGUCUCCUCCUUGGACCUUGGGUGGAGGAAGUGUUUCAACAUCAGGAAUCAGGUGAUGACACGAAAUGUGAAGGAGCGGAUAAGCAUAUCCUAGGGCAAGGCCAGAAAGUGCUCAUUUCAGCUGCUUCUGCAGCUAUUUCUGAACACCUUUAUACUGGUAGCUCCAGACAGAGCCUCUUAGGUGCUGGGAGGUUGGAAGGGAGCUAUUCCCUGCUCUGUGUGUCAGAAACCUGUAAUCCCUUAAGGCAGCCCGAGUUAGUGGCAACAUCUCUACAGCUAUUUAUGUGAACUGGCAGCUCUGGUGGUGGACCUGCACGCGCUCCUCUGGUCUGCAUAAGCUGGGGAUGGGGAGUCUCUAACGAGAAAGGACAGUAGUUGCUCGCCAGUGUGAAUUAGGAUUACAGAUGGGCAAAGAGCACUAUGAAUUCAGCUGACACUUCUGGUGUAAAGCAGUGCUGCUCAUUAGAAGUACUCUAGUAUAAACUUCCUGCUGGUAGAAAUGUUCUGGGACAGGCUCUUGCCACUGUAAGAGGACUGUGUAGACUUGCACCCCAGCAGGUGAAAUUCAUCUGUAAAAGCUUCUACUGGCUAGUUAGUUACCUGUGAGGACUUGUCAUAGGUUUUUGCCCUCAAAUCUCUCCAUCUUGUUAUCAGAAAAGUUGUGUUUUGGCUUCAUCCCCAAAGGGUGGGGGGAAACAUGUAUAAUUCAUGAUAUUAGGAAGAAAAAAGUUGUUUGAUUACUUUUCAGUUGACUGCUAUCUUAUUGUAGUUGAUACAUACAAUAUAAUAGCACUGUAUUUUAAACGUUUAGUUUUUUUACAUUCUCUUUAACUAUUAUGUUUUUAAAUGCGAUAAAAUCAUUUUAGCUUUUAAAAGUUUAAAUGGUUUGGUCUUGUUUAAGUGAAGACCCUUUUUUUCCUUUUUUUUUUUUUUUUUUUUUUUAAUGGAUCAAGCAUUAGAUAUACCAACUGGUUGCAUUCUGAUUAGAAGGGUCCACAAAGAUUACUGCAUAAGACAUAGAAUACUCAAAUUUUGUUUCUUAAACUAUCAAUGUGAAUGUCAUAAUUAUAUAUAUUUUGUGGAAAAUGGGAAAUUAUUUCUCCUAAGUAUAAGUUAUUGUGCAAAAUAUGGUAUCGUUAAAGAAAAUGAUAGUUUAAGUUUUAGUUUUAGAAAUCUUAAAGAUAUAAAAGUGUAUUGCAUAUGCAUAAAAAAAUUUCAUUUGUUCUAUUUAAUUUUUAUGUAGUUGUGUAAAGUGCUAGGUAACUUCUUUUUUCGCUUAUCCAUUAAAACAACCUUGUUACUUGAAUAUUCGUGUUUAACUGGUUUGAAACAGUGAUCAAUUUUUGUAAAAUAAUCUUAUAACCAAGGGAAAAAAAUACAUGCCUCAGUUGUGCUUAACAAUAUAGCAACAAUGUACAAUCAGAUGCUUAAGACCAUAGUAGCCAUAGCUGGUAAUGCAACCACAAUGGUUGUGUCUUGAUAUAUUUAAUACCAAUGGGGAUAAUGAAUUCUUAAUAUAUUUUUACAAGUUUGCAACCAGGAAGACCCCAUAAAUAUUCACUAGAACACUUUUGUAAUAGCUAAUACGAGUGAAACUCUUAUUCUCUUAAAGCAAUGUCCUGACAAACGUUUUUCUUUCCUGUACAAACACAUCUGAAACAUUAUGUAUUAAAAUAUGCUCAUUGUCACUUUAAAUUUCAGUUUUUAUCCUCUAAAUCGCUAAUAUGCUGUUGGUAUUCUUGCACACCAAAUAUGAGCCAAACAGUGCAUUACACUAACUUGAUCACUGGAUUUGUGAACAUAAAUCUCCAAGUCAAUGAACUGCAAAAAUGUCAUGAGAGAUUUUUUCUGAUCUGUGUUUUUUCAAAUCUGUAUGAAAUUAUGCGUAGCCCAUUCAACAAUGAGUGGCCUGAUAUUUACACUUAAAAUCAUUUUAUUAGCUCCAGCUUGUCUUCAGCAAGUCAAAAUCUAGUGAUCUUGUGCAAUGCCCCUAAAGCAAAUACUUUCUGCCACUCCCUGGAUUAAUGCAGCUUUUCCUGUUGAUAGUAAAGCACAAUUGCAGUGAAAGUUACAGUUCAGAAGAUGGAAGGUCAGUAUAGUCUAUGCAUGUUGUAUAAUAAUGAGUGUUUACAUUCAUAUUCUCCUAAAAUAAAAUUUAUACUGGAGUGUAUAGUAUUCCAUUAUGUAGAUUUUAUCAAUUUUGUUAACUGCUUAUAGAUUGCUUAAAAAAAGUUUUUUCAAGAUUUUAAAAGAUGUAUAAGGUUAAGUUUGCAAAUAUAAUGGAAAUGCUGUAUAGCUUUUGAAGUGAUAAAAUACUCGUUGGGAUUUUAAAGAAAGUAUGUUGUAAUAAUGCUGUUGUAAGUAAUAUUUUAAAUGUCUUUUUUGCCUGUUUUCUAUUAUUCAGCACACUUACUGUGAUGAAUGUUCAUAGCAUUAUAAAAUUGCUUAGCCACUGAAAAGUAACAUUUGGUUUUGAAUUAUUUUACUGUAUGAGGAAUUAUAGUGGGGUAAAUUCCUUUGUGAAAUUCUACAUAAUUCAUUUUUCUAUGAUUUCCAAUGUUUGCUGACAUGAAAUAAAAUUUUUUCAAGCCAUUGAUGUAAUAAAAUAUGUAGUAAAACAUUA